AUGUCUUUUAUUUCAGUUGUGUUGAUUGGAGACUCUGGAGUUGGGAAGAGUAAUCUUCUGUCACGUUUCACACGCAAUGAGUUCAACCUGGAGAGUAAGAGCACCAUUGGGGUGGAAUUUGCCACCAGGAGCAUCCAGGUGGACGGGAAGACGAUAAAAGCACAGAUCUGGGAUACUGCAGGACAGGAACGAUACCGUGCCAUUACCUCAGCAUAUUACCGCGGUGCCGUCGGGGCUCUGCUUGUCUACGACAUUGCCAAACAUCUCACCUAUGAGAACGUGGAGCGUUGGCUAAAGGAGCUCAGAGACCACGCAGACAACAACAUCGUCAUCAUGCUGGUGGGUAACAAGAGCGACCUCCGCCACCUGAGAGCUGUGCCCACUGACGAGGCCCGGGCUUUUGCAGAAAAAAAUAACUUAUCUUUUAUUGAAACUUCUGCUCUGGAUUCAACAAACGUAGAAGAAGCCUUCAAGAACAUCCUCACAGAAAUCUACCGCAUUGUUUCGCAGAAGCAGAUUGCAGAUCGAUCUGCACACGAUGAGUCUCCUGGCAACAACGUAGUCGACAUCAGUGUCCCACCAACCACCGAUGGACAGAAAUCCAACAAACUCCAGUGCUGUCAGAACCUGUGACCUCCUAUAGAUGACUCCUGUGCCCUUCACUUCGUCUGUGCUUCAUUUAGAAAGUUGUGUGCACUUCUUACCUCCUGUGAUUCAGUGACUCCCUCUUCCCUCCUUUACCCCAUUCCCAAGUCCCCCCUUUCAUCCUAGAGCUUUAAUUGUAGGGCAAACAUUCCCCUGCCUCUGGGGUCCCCUGCAGUGUGGUGACUUUUGGGUUUGAAAUGUAGGCGCUGAUCUGAUAGACGUGUUUGUGUUGGAACAUCUGCUGCUGGAUAUUAUCCCAUGAAACACUCUCCUCAAAUGGUUUGGGGUUUUUUUUUUCUGGGAGAGAAACCAUGGGGCCUUGACUAUAACAGUCGAUGAAAUAACUACAUUUAGGUGACAAGGUUUUUCCUCCCAUAGUCAGAUAUUUUUUUCUUGUGUUUCUGUAAACAUGGGGGAGAAAUUAAAAGAAAAUAGCUAUCCUACCAAAUGCUCUGUUUUCUAUCCUGAUAAAGUCUCACAGUGAGGUUUUUAGUGGCUGCACACACACAAGAAAGCUGUUGAAAAUAACAUUACUUAUUAUGUAAUUACCCCUAAUACCUUUAGUCUGGCUGUGUAGUUUACCAUUUCCUGCUUGGGAAAUCUUUCUCUAUUCUUGUUUUAUUUGGGAACAAUGAAAUAUGUCUGCAUUGCUUUCUCUGCCACCAUGAAUGCCUGUGCUGCUUGUGCAGGCUUUAUGAAGUGGCUUAAUAUUUAUUCAUGGCUUAUGUUAAUCAGUUAACAUUAUUGUACAGUAAGUGCCAGCAUAUUGAUUUCAGAAACCUUUUGCAACCUGUACAAGUAGGCUUAUUUUGUACUGUAGAUCAGUGUCUGAAAGCAAGAUCUUCUGUAGUUCCAGGAUACUUUUGCAUGCUGCUUUUUCUGUAGAUCUCUCCUAUCCCUGUUUGAGUGAGUGAAGCAAUAUUUUCAUGUCAUGUAUAUACCUGCACUUGUAAGGGUUUUGGUUGUUGUAGAGAAACACAAUACUUUAUACAUUUUGUAAAACUUCGGCAGAACCAUAGCAUCUUGAACUUUCUCUUCAUUAUCUUUCACUAAUGACCUUGUGCAUAAUCUUCUUGACCUCUACUAAAAUGGUUAAUAUUAAGAUUUCACAUAAUAACUACUACCCUGUUGUUUUUCUCUGACUCUGUUUUACUGAACUGCAGACUGUAAUUCUCAGAUGAUUGUACUUCACCUGAUGUAACAGAUUUGUCAUCAGCGGGACUAGCUACUAUACUACUUUGUUUUGCUGAAUGGGAAGAACGUUAUCACAGCUUCGUGUAGUCAGACUCUUGCUAGCUUGUGGGAUGGCUUUUCUUCGUUCACUAGCUCUUGUACACUUGCAUCCCCUCUGGUAUGUGCUGAAUGUUAUGGUGAGGCAAAUACUGGGUGAAACUAAAGGAAGAGGGAGACCGUCUGCUGCUCUCUGAAGGCUAGUGAAGCCAUUUGCAGUGAAUUUUUGCUCUGUAUUCUGAGACUGUACCUCACUUGAUGAAUCCUACCUGCAUAUUAGUGAGUUGAUUUUUCUUUUCUGAUGCAAAGCAAAUAUGAUACUGUGAAUUGUGCUUGAAGGGGAAAUCUGACAUUCCAGUCUCAACUGUUCUGUCUGGCUACGUAAUAAAAUUAAGGGCAGUUAA